AUGGGCCAACCCUCCUUCCAGGCAUCGAAUGCCUUGAUAUACUUGACCUAUGGAGCUUUCCUAAUCGCCGGGCUCUACAUCGCCUAUCUGCUACGCAAGCAGACAAAAGGCCAAUUCUUGGCCAGUAACGGGACGCAAAAGGCUCUACCUCUUGCUUUGAACUUCAUCGCUUCGGGUCUCGGAUCCGGUAUUCUUUUCACGUAUCCCGAAAUCGCAACGAUUGCUGGCGUACAAGGUUUAGUCGUUUAUGGCUUGUCUUCCUCCCUACCACUUUUGGUGUUUGGAUAUUUGGGACCGAUUAUUCGAAAGAAAUGCCCAGAAGGCUUCGUUUUGACAGAGUGGACCAGAGAGAGAUACGGAGUCGUUACUGCGAUAUAUUUGAGUCUCCUGACCUUGAUUACGCUCUUCCUUUACAUGGUUGCCGAAUUGUCUGCGUUGCAGCAGAUUGUCAAUGCGCUUACCGGGUUGAACGGACUGCCAGCUGUGAUUGUGCAAGUGGCAGUUACGACUAUUUAUACAUCUUUGGGUGGAUUUAAGGUCUCCUUCAUGACCGAUAACCUCCAAGGAGCUAUGGUCGUCGGCCUCAUCAUUAUCGGCGUCAUCACCGUUGGCACAAAGACGACGAUCGAUCGUUCGCUAAUCGACUCUUCCGGAUAUCUAAACGCUUCCCUACUUGGAUGGCAACUUAUCUAUAUCCUACCUGUUGCAAUCUUGACGAACGACUUCUUCUUAUCGAACUUCUGGCUCCGAACUUUUGCCUCCAAGACUGACCGCGACUUACGCAUCGGCGUCUCCAUCGCUAGCUUCACGGUCCUGUGUAUUCUCGUGCUUGUUGGAUGCACAGGCCUCCUAGCAGCUUGGUCGGGCGCAUGGCCCGGAGAUCCGCCACAGAGCGGCUCGAUUGCUUUCUUCCUCCUUUUGGAGAGGCUCCCAAGCUGGGUUGUGGGGAUUGUGCUCGUCAUGACUGUGGUUCUUAGCACAGCUGCCUUCGACAGUCUUCAGUCCGCAAUGGUGAGCACAGCAAGUAACGAUUUGUUCCGCAACAAACUGCCGCUUAUUUACAUCCGUGUCGGCGUCGUCUUGUGCAUUAUUCCUGUGGUGGUCGUUGCUCUGAAGUCUCCUAGCGUGCUACAGAUCUUCUUGAUUUCCGAUCUUGUCUCAGCAUCUGCUAUUCCGGUUUUGAUCCUCGGUCUCUGGGAUAAGUGUUAUUUCUGGAAAGGUUUCGAAGUCAUUGCUGGCGGUCUCGGAGGUAUUCUCUCAGUAUUCAUCUUUGGAACCAUUUAUUACGGUAGUGCAUAUGAAGGCGGGCGGUUGAUCCUGUUGGAGAACGGCCUCUACGCCGAAGAUUGGAGCGCUUUUGGUGCCUUCGUCGCUGCUCCUGUAGGAGGUUUUAUAUUUGCACUUAUCGCAUUUGGUUCACGGAUCGCAUACCAGUUUGUUAUUGCUAAAAUCCAGGGACGACGCUUCGAUGCAUUUGACAAACCUAUCAAGCGUGUACGGCGGUCAAGCGAAGAGAGAGUUUUCCGCCCUCAGGUUCCUGGCCUUGAUGAAGAAAAUGGUAAACCGGGCGAUACUCCUACCGCCGUAGUGGAAGGAAGAGAAGCUAAAUGGUGGAAAUUGUGGUAA